AACAUUUUGUACAGCAUGAAAUAUUUUGCGUCUUGUAUUUUUUUACUACUCCUUUGCACUGCAAAUGGGCAAACAUUCGACGACAGUAGUCUAUGGGAUAAUCUACCCAGAGAUUGUGGUGAGACAAGAUUUGAUGAUAUCGUUACGGAAACAGUAAAAGACCGGAUUAUCACUGGCGCCGAGGCUAAACUUGGACAAUUUCCUUGGAUGGCUCGAAUAGGAAUCAAACUUGGAGAUGGUUCCAAGUUUUUUGGCUGUGGAGGGUCUCUUAUUACCAAGAUUUUCGUUGUUUCAGCUGCGCAUUGUGGAGAACGGGCUAAUAUAGUUAGACUUGGUCAGACGUACGAAACGAACGGCACCGAAUGCGACGAGAAAUGCAACUGUGCUCCGCCCUACCAGGAUAUCGAAAUAAAGAACUACAUAUUCGAGGACUUCUGCCGAAUGUCGGCACGUAAUGAUCUAAUGUUAUAUGAACUAACGAAACCAGCUGAGCUUAAUGAUUAUGUGCAACCAAUUUGUCUUCCCCGCAUCUCCAUUCCAUUAAGUAGUCUCGUUGGGGAAAACGUAGUUACAGGGGGAUGGGGUAUACAAAUUGCAACUGACCCAAAGAGUACCCCUCAAAACUUAAUGUAUAUCGUUGUUCCCGUAGAAAAUAUCAAAAAAUGCAUACCAUUAUAUGAAGGAUUCGACAGACAGACACAGUUUUGCUUAAGUAAUCCCAAUGAUAAGAACGUGUGCAGUGGAGAUUCUGGUUCAGCCGCAGUAAAAUUUAUAAAAAUUAAUGGUACGACAAGAGCCCAUUUAAUUGGAAUUACUUCCUAUGGGAAAGAGAACUGUAAUUUAUCCCCUGUGUUUACAUUUGUCGAGUACUAUCUCGGCAGUAUUUUGAGACAUGUUAAUAAUCGCCAUAACAAAGAUUUAUUCUAA